UUCAAGAACAUCACUUAAAUACACGAUUUUUCUUUUUCUUUUUAUAUUACAUUCUCAACUUUCGGAUUCCAUAGCCUCCAGCUCAGCUGCAUGAUCCUGCGCCGUUCUUAAACAAACACACCUGUGCCUGCACUGCACGGAGCUUGGAACAUCAGUUCCCAUGGCAGUUUCUCACACGACUCUGUGGAGGUUCAUUUCUGGGAUCUUGGGAGUAAUAUGUGUUUUGCUGAUGGCUACUUUGGGAAUUGUGUUGAAAAACUCAUUUGCUAAGCAGAGUAAUCAGACAACCUUCUCUUCAGAGCCCAUGAUGGAACUCCAGGAAGGCCCUGAUUGCUGUUCUUGUCCAGACGGGUGGAUUGGGUAUCAGUGCAACUGUUACUUCAUUUCUAAUGAAGCGAGAACUUGGGAAGACAGUAGGCAUUUCUGUGCUGUUCAGAAUUCCAGUCUACUUAAGCUCCAAAACAGAGAUGAACUGGAAGAUUUUUGGAACCACAGUCAACACUUUUACUGGAUUGGACUCUCCUAUAGGGAGGAACAUGGUGCCUGGUUGUGGGAGGAUGACUCUGCUGUCUCCCAGCAUCUAUUUCCAGUGUUUCAAGGUUUAACUCCAAAGAGCUGCAUCCUGUAUAGCCCAAGAAAAAAUGUUUUGAGUGAAGACUGUAAAAGUAGUUGUUAUUAUAUCUGUAAGAAAUAGCUUAUUUAGGUGCUCUUGAGACAAUGGGAGUGAGCAAUAAAGAUUCAGGAUUACUGAGAACUGUGCCUUUAUCAUAAUACUAAUAAUCUAUUAUUGGGGUCUAUAAAAUGUUUCCAACUGUGUCUUGUCAUACAACUUUCUUUUUAAAAUUUUUUUUAUUUAAUAAAUGUGAAUUUACA